AUGCACCCGCGCUGCUUUGCCGACGGCAAAGUCGACGACAUGGUCGUGUGUGCAGUGCAGCACUGGGAUGAUUGCGGUUACGGCUGGCUACGUCUCGCACCCAUUUAUCUUUGCUUAUGCCUCUGGGUGCUUCUCGGUGUCGGCAUGCUCCGGCGCCACGCCGCGCUCCACGGUCUUUUCCGGAGCGACGCCACCCGCGUCCACGAACCCAUUACGCAGGGCGUUGCGAUCGCUCUCUCCCAGCGCACGUACCGGUCGCUGCGACAACAACGUUUUCAGCGCGCCGUGCGACUCUUGGCCAUGUGGGUUGAGGCCGCCGAAUUCAUUGUCGCGCCGCUGGAGCUAGCGUUUCGCGUCACGGGACAUCUGCAUGCGCUCGAGACGAUCUAUUCAAGCAUCCAGUUUGCCGGCGAGGCCGGUAACGUGGCGAUGACCCUUUUCGGUGGUAUCGCCAUGCUGGUCUUUCAUCCGUUCAAGCCAUGUCACGUAUUUCUUGAGCGCAUUGUCCACCCGCUGGCAUUGGAUUUGCUGUACAUUCCGAUGGUCGCGACGUUUCUCCGGCUCGGCACGUGCCCGAUAGAUGUCGAGCACGUUGCGUUGCCGGGCGGGAUUGUCUGCGACUGCGUCGACCACUUUGGCUACUUUUGUGCGCUCGGACUGAUCUCGUUCGUCUUGCUCUACUGCGGCGCGCUGCACCACAAGAUGCACGUCGAGCCGCUUGCGACGACCAUGGACUUUCGUUUUCAGCCAAGCUACCAGUUUUCAUCGUCAUGGCCCGGACACGUACAUGUAUGA